UAUCCUAACAAUGCUGUUUGUUUUUUUACCACUUCAUUAGCACCUGUAAACAUAUCUGCCUCAGCCCCCGGUGAUUUUCAGCUGCAAGUGGACUGGGACAGACCCGCAGUGCUAUAUCCGCCAUAUGUACUGGACAGAAACACCACCUUUGUGGAUACAUGGAAUAUUACAGAUGUUAUAAGUGUGGGGUACAAUGCGACCUGUGACAGUGCAGAUGCAGCCUCCCUCUCCGGCUCAACCGCAAGCGAAUUUUUCUUGUUUGAGCAGGCUGAUGGGGUUCAGGCUGGUAUUGAUUAUGUGUGCCAUGUGACCAUGACAGUAGAAGCCUAUAAUGGAACAAACUUAACUGAUGACCCAGGGGGACAUGGUUUCAUUGAAAUUCAGACCUCUCCUAAAAGUGAGAAAGCAAGUAUCACCACCCUGGAGGGAAAGGCUCCUGUGACUAAUGCUUCCCUAAACAGUUCCAAUUACUACUUGGACGUUACCUAUUAUGAUUUCCAGUUUUCCGAUGGUGACUUUACCGGUCUUGAUGCAUUCAGGGAUGAUCUGUACCGGAAUCCUCAGUAUGUGCUCAGUCCUUAUGGGAGCUGGCUGGCAAUAUCAAACAGCCCAACUGAUUCACGGCUGCAAUACGCACAGGUUUCAACUUCUCUGGCAACGAAAUCUUGA